UAAGCCCCUCUUACAGGCCCCAACUCAACUCCCCUGCAAUCCCAAGCUCUGUUUUUUCAAAUUUCCUCUGUUUAUUUUUUUUAUUUUCAGAUUUGUGGAGAUUAGAAGAGAAGAUGAACCGGAGAAACAGUGGCGGCGGAGGAGGAGCAGCAGCAGCGCCGAAGCUGGAGCUGAAGUUGAACCUGUCUCCGCCGAGGGCGAAUAGAGGAGUGGAGUCACCGAGCCGGUCGGCUACGGUGUCGCCGACGUCGCCGCCGAGCUCGUGUGUGUCGUCGGAGGAGGAGAUGACGGUGGGGAGAGUGAGAUACUCGAGCAGCCCUGAAGCGACAUCGAUGAUGCUGGUCGGAUGCCCACGGUGUCUGAUGUAUGUUAUGCUGUCGGAAGAAGACCCAAAAUGUCCGAAAUGCAAAAGCACUGUUCUUCUCGACGUUCUCCAUGAUAACUCCGCCGUCAAAACCAGAAGAAACUAGAAACAGAGACCAAGAACAUCAAAUUCUACAAGUCCAGAGAUAUUUUCUUUUUCUUUUUUUCUUUUUUUGGGAAUUUUAGAGUGAAGCUUAGUUUUACUCUGUUGAUAGGACAGUAGAAUUGUAGAAGAUGAAGAAUCUUAGUUUUUUUUUUUUUUUUUUUUUUUUUUUUUUUUUUUUUUUUUUUUUUUU